AGUCUACAGUCAGCGGCCCCGCAGAACGGUUAUAAUUGUCAAUUUAAAUACGAUGGAAGGAACUGAAGAUGGCGAAAUAUUCAAGUCCAUCUUGCCGUGCGAUCCCAGCAAAAUUCCAAAUGUGCCUCUGACUGACUAUAUUUUCAAGUUUUUAAGAAAAAACUUGCAGGUGGUUGCAGAAAAUCCAUGGUUGUUUGAUGUUUGCUCGGGCAAGAAAGUGUUGUUCAAGGAAGUUGAGGAACUGGCAAGGAAAGUGGCGAGUGGUUUGGCUCGCCGCGGAUUUUCCAAAGGCGACAUUCUGUAUUUUGUCUCUUAUGAUAUUGUGGAUAUUGGAAUUCUGCAAUUAGCUGUUUGGCUUUUGGGAGGAGCGACUCGAGGCAGCUUUCAGAUUGAAGAACCAGAGGAGUUUCAACGGCAAAUGAAUGAAGUUCAAUGCAAAUUCGUGGCUGUCGAUUGUGAAACUGUGCAAUCUAUAAAAAGAGCAAUCAGUUUGGCUGAUAUGGACUGCACAAUCAUAAAUGUUGGAGAUGCUGACGUUGAUGGAGCGCUGAAAUUUUCAGAAUUGAGCAACGACGAUGGAACAGCAUUUCCUGAGAAUGUGGAAAUUGAUCCUAAGAACGACGUUUUACUCAUCUGCAACACGAGUGGAAGCACUGGCACGCCAAAAGGAGUGAUGCACACCCAUGAAACAGUUGUUAGCAUAAUGGCAUGCUUUGAAGGAAUGCUUGCUGAAUCAUACGAUGAGAGCAUAUUGAUAACGGCCAGCAAUUUCGCUAUAUCAAACGCAUGGACGUCGUCUGUGUAUCUCGCAACUGGCAACACCAUGUACUGCAUAGGUAGAUACAAAAAAGAAGAAUUUCUCGACCACGUCCUCAAGUUCAAGCCACGCAAAUUGUUCCUAUACCCUUACAUAUCAAGUUGGUUGGCACGUUCUACCGAAUUGCAAAAGCACGACUUGAGCUUCAUAAAAGACAUUUCACUUGGCGGUUCAGUUGUGGAUCCAACAACGAUGCGUCUUUUGCAAAAGGCAUUCCCCAAAGCUUACAUCAAUUUGGCCUACGCUUCGACGGAGACUAUGGGAGUUUCGAUCACUUUAAACAGCGCAAGGUUUCAACUUCCACUCCUCGGCACUUCUCCUGAUGGCGAAGAAAUGGUCGCAUCUGGAGUUUUGUUUCCGCUGGUGCAGGCAAAGGUUAUAGACUUGGAGACACAAAAAUUGCUCGGAAGGAACAAGCUUGGAAAACUUUACGUCAAGGCAACCCACAUAAUGAAAGGUUACUUGGUGCAUAAAGGAAGAGAGCCAAACAGAUCGUGCUUUGACGAAGAAGGCUGGUUUGACACUGGGGACGUUGCAUUUUUCGAUUCGAACGGCCAACUAUUUGUGAGAGAAAGAGUUUCCUUCAUGUUCAAAUACUACAUGCACUUCGUGAACCCUUCCGAGAUCGAGGCUAUUCUGCAAGAGCACCCUGCCGUCCAAAUGGCCUGCGUGAUCGGCGUACCGAACAAGGAAACCACAAACCUCGCAAAAGCUAUUGUUGUUUUAAAGGAAGGAAAAACCGCCUCUGAAGAGGAACUGAUCAAGCUUGUAGCGGACAAGCUGCCUUUUUACAAACAUCUCUACGGCGGACUGCAGUUUGUCGAUUCGCUGCCCGAAAAUAAAGGGAGAAAAGUAGACAGAGUGGCUAUAAUGAAAAUAUAUGCCUGAGUAUUUGAAAUUUUAAUUUUAUUGUUUUUUGUACUAAAAUAAGAUAUAUUUGCAAUUGUGCAUAUGUCUUGACACUUUGAAAUAUUAAAAAAUGCUUAAAUUUGAUUAAGAACGUGUUUCCAUAGUUGGAAGCAGAGUUCUAUUUCUGUGUCAAUUUACAAGGUUUAAAAAUAAAUAUAUUUUAUUAUUUGAUUAAUGCAA